GAGAGGGUAGAAAAGAAUUCCAAGUGGAAACAAACCCAGUGGAGAAGCAGCCAGUGGAGGAAAAGCAACCCAAAAGCAGCACCAGUGACACCAAGGAAAACACCAAAGAGGUUUAAGAGAGGGGGGAACUUGCAGUGCCGCCAGAAGGGGAGGACACUGCAGGCAUAAUGGCUUUCUUCCUCAAACCACGGCCAUGCACACUGGACCUUGCCCUGGACUACCACACUGCCAAACAGUUUGAAGUGGAUGUGACCCUGGAUCCAGCCACAGUGGGUCCUGAGGUGAUCCUCUCCGAGGACCUCAAGGAGGCCACCUGGGGCAGGCCUCAGCGCCGGUGGCCGGAGGGUCCCGGCCGGUUUGACACAGAUCCGUGCAUGCUGGGCAGCGAGGGCUUCACCUCGGGCCGCCACUACUGGGAGGUAGAGGCCAAUGGGCGCUUCUGGGCUGUGGGGGUGGCCCGUGAGUCGGUUCAGAGGAAAGGCCGGGUCCUCUUCAAGCCCAGCACUGAGAUUUGGGGCUUGCAGAAGUAUGAUGAGCUCUGUGUUGCCCUCACAGCUCCAUCCAACACCUCCAUCCCGCUCCUUAAUGGGGAGAUUGGAGUCUACCUGGACUACGAGGUGGGACAGGUCUCCUUCUAUGCCAUUGGCAGCCGCCAGUGCAUCUUCACCUUCCCUGUAGCUUCCUUCAGUGGGGAGAAGGUCUUCCCCUACUUCUGUGUCCUCCUCUCAACCAUCAAACUGUCCCCCAAGGGCUGAUGCACUGACGAGAUCCUUCCAAAGCUGGUUGCACCAUGGUGGUUGAAAUGCUCCUUGAUGCUCUUCAAGUCUUCUAUUCCAGGUCUUGGAGUCAUUUCCACCUCAACUCAUGGUCCUACCUUCAUCUUAGAUGUCUUUAUUUUGGGUUAUGUCCAGGGAUUUUGAGUCUGAGCUCAGCACAGUUGGUCUCAUCUCAAAGCCACUGUCAUUAAAUUCAUUCAAAGCUUCCUAACAUGAGCUGGGAUUCACUGAACUGGUUUUGACCUGAAAACUUGACUUUUUUUCCCAGAUAGCCUUCUCUGAUAAUUCCUUUACUGACCUCAAUGCCCAUCACUGGCCAGGCUUCCAAUGUAGAUUAAAAAUCUUAAUUUUUGUAGGCUUUGCAUUAAUGCCAGCUGCUGCCUCAUUUUAAAACUGAUUUUGUCAUCACAAGGAUGUGCUCGCACUCACUUCCCCCACUCUUUCCAUGCUUGGAAUGUAUUUCUAAGCAAUUAACAUGCAAUUGAUAUAAAUGUGCUCCAAAUAUAAUAAAUUUUUUUUCUAACAAGCAGGAGAUGUCUGCAUUUGACCUCUCACCAAAUUGCCCUAGACCUAAAAAGACCCCCUAAGGCUGCCCUAGCCCCCAGGAACCCAUAGGACUGCCCUACAUGGGCCUCCAAAGGUUGCCCUUUCCCACCAACACUUUGUUGGUCCCCUGGUACCCUCAAGAACCCCUCACCCAGGGGAUUGGAAGCCUUUUUGAGGUCUUCUUUCAUGGUGCAGCAGGUAUCUGGGUGUGAGAAGACCUCCCUGCAGCACCCAAGGAGCUGACACAGAGGUUUUUAGCCCAUCUCAUCCCAUUGCCCUUGCCUGAGCUCUGCAGCUCAGGUUUAUUACAAAUCCAGCUCCUCUCAGUGCCGCAGCGGGAGGAGCUGAGCCCCUUGUCAUCCAGGUAAGCGCAGAGCCCACCACCACGGAUUUGAAACCUGGAAGGACAGAGGAGACAAUCCCCCUGAGACAGGCUCAGCAGGAAAAAGGAGAAAAGUCACACGUAGGUUUCCCCCCAUUUCAGUUCUCAGGCAUCCUUGUGGGCAUCAACAUGCCAAAAUACCAAUAUAUAUUUCUUAUAUAGGAGUAGAAAUAAUUCAGCAUCAAUAUGCCAACACUGAUGCUGACUUAUUAUUAUUUCUAAUAAGAAAUCCAAAGCUUUGCAAGAAAAAAAAGAACUUCUAAUAAAAAAAUCUCAGUAUUUUCUCACCAAACACACCACUCCCAUAUCUUAGGUCAAGGCAAGAAACAAGGUGCAGCGUUGCCCUUUCCAAACAUCACUGUCCCUUUACUACCUCUGGAUGCACCUCAAGUGCCAGAAGAAAUACACAUUUUGUAGCUGGGGAAACAUCAACCAACAAUGUAAUGAUGAAAAAUACAGACUCACAAGUGCAAUAAAAGUGAGUGGUUCACCCAUUGCCAUGGCUGCUUCUCAUCUUUCCGCAAAAGGCCAACCCAAUGCUCUGAGAUGCCUUUAUAUCUCAUCACAAAGCUCUAAAAUAGAGAAAAAAAGGUUUUUACCUCCUUCCAGCCAAAAAUCUCCAUUUUACCAGUUGCUUGUGCUUCUCUAGGGCUUCUUUGGGGCUUGAACCUUUCAAUCUGCUAAAAAAAUGUGUCAUCUAGCUACAGUUGGCAGCCGUUGGCUUUGGUGAGGAAUUUGAAGAGACCCAUGAUGACCAACCCUCAAGAAAACCCUCUUCCCCAAG